AGUCUAACUUUGUUCACCACCCAUUGGCCGACCUCAUUCCUCUACACACGACGGAGCAACCCAUGAUCUCGACGGAGAAUACAUAAACUCACCCCCUUUUCAUCUUCAAUCCAAAAAACCCUAAAUUAAAAAAAAAAAAAAUUCGAAAUUAAAAAUUAAAACCCCCCUUUACUCCCCACCCACAGAGAGAAACUAUGUCAUCACCACAAUCCACCACCGGAGCCACCAACACCUACACAACCUCCGCCGAAAUCCGCCACUCAAUCCGCCCAUGGCUGUCCGACUUCCUAACCAAUUUCACUCUCCCUCUUUCCAUCUCUUCCCUCUCUAACCGUUUCACCAGUAACAUCUACACUUACCGCGGUAAUUACGCCAUAAUCACCAUCAUAAUCUUCAUCCUAACCCUAAUUUUCCGUCCAUUCACCGCCGUCAUGUUCCUCUUCAUCAUCUCCAGCUGGGUCUACCUCCUGAUCGCCCGCGAUGAGCCGUUGGUUUUAUUUGACUUUGAGAUUGGUGAUCGGUUGGUUCUGAUUGGUUUGAGCGUUGUCACGAUUGUCGCGGUCGCCGUUUCGGGCGUUUGGUGGAAGUUGUUCGUUUCGGGUUUGAUUUCGGGGCUGGUGGUUAGUUUGCAUGCCAUAUUGAAGACUACAGAUGAUGAUGGUGAUUCGCCCUAUGGUGCUUUGCUUUCGAGUGUCGAUGAAGAUGGACCUGGUUCGUACGUGCCGGUUUGAUUUUGUUAUUUGUUGUUGGUGAAUGAAAACGUAUGUUUUUAUAUUAGUUAUGAUGAUGAUUAAUGCUAGUGUUAAUGUAUACAUAUACAGAUUUGAUUGAUAUUCGAUGAAUUGUUAUCAA